UGACAGAAAUUUUUUAAUGUUCGUUAUUGCCAUUGCUAUUGCACUAACAAUCAAGCUACUUACCUUAUAGACAACUCAAACACAUAGACACGCACACAUGCAUACAACAUUUUCAAUAACAAGAGUUACGAGCAACACCUGCUCAUCAGCAUCAUCAUCGUCAUCAUCAGCGACCAUAAUGACAUCAACAUCAACAUUAACAACAGCGACAACAUUGUUAACAUCAGUAGCGGCAUUUCUUUUACUUUCCGUUGCCAUUAAUUGCCACAUCGUGAUUACGGAAGCUAUGCCGGGAAGCUCUUUAGGUGUUCAUGUGGUACGCUCUCCAGAAUCAGCUGUGGCUCCUAAGGGCGAUGAAGUUGUAUUCGAAUGUGAAUUGAAUCUAAGUCCAGAACGUUUAAAAUGGAAAUUCCGUCAUUCCAGUAAACGAGCCAUAGAUGGCAGCAAUUUUCAUUACUUAUCAGUGGAGGAGGGGUAUAAUGUAACCAACGAAGAUCGUACUUCAAAAUUGCGCGUUUUCGUUCAACUUGAAACAUUAGGCGAUUAUCAAUGUGUGGCUUGGUUCGGUUCAGCAGCGAUUGCUUCAACCUCUGCCAGUUUAACUCUAGUCUCCAUAACCAUAGACAAUUCGAAUGGCUAUUCACGGAACGCAAUCCGCUGGAACGUAGCUCCCAAAAAUUGUGCUUUAAUACGUUGCGGUAUCGUAACGUCUAAUCCAACAGCAAUAUGGAAUUUUUAUCGAAAUGGCGAAAAAAUACAGCAAACUGAUUCUGUGCCCACUAGUGGUGCACUAAUUUUAAAUACGGUCACUAGUAAAGACUCCGGUAAUUACACAUGUUCGGCAAGGAAUCCUAUUACGGGUCAAGAAGUAAAAUUACCGCAGCGUAUUGACUUGCGAGUAGAUUACAGUGAUCGUACGCCUCCUUACUUUCUAGCACAGCCCCCUAAACAAGUGACGGCUCGACCCGGAGAUACAGUGGUUUUAGAGUGUCCAGGCGUUGGAUCGCCACCGCCAGGAGCCGUCUGGAGUUCGCCAAAUGUUGUGAACAUGAAUAACAAUCGCACGCAUAUGCUACCCUAUGGCCUGCAAAUUAAUAACGUUCUUACCGAGGAUCAAGGCUCCUAUGUCUGCCGUUUAGAUAAUGGUAUCGCUCCUGCUUUAGUACACAUUAUUAAAUUUACUGUAUUAGAGAAACCUAAAAUUUUAAGAGGUCCGGCUCGAACCUCAGCGAAUGAAAGCGAAACGUUGGAAUUAGAAUGUUCAGCCACUGGUAACCCUUAUCCAGAUAUCUAUUGGUUAAUUAAUGGUGUAGACACUUCAGAAGAUAAGGAAAUGUUGCACGAUGGUCGACGCUUGGUAAUACAACAUGUACAGAAACGUCAUGCGGGUAUAGUGCAAUGCUUUGCUAAAAAUGAAGUUGGAGAGAUAAGCGAAGCUAAUCGCUUAAAUGUAAAUCCUAAACAGAUCCAUGGCGGCUCAACAGCUGGAGGCAACGUACCGUUACGUCUACCUUAUGAACACGGCGGUGGUAAAAAUAAAGGCAAGAAAAAGCAUCGAACAGCUACUAUGAUUCCGCCUUCCCGUCCGAAUGUUACCAGAUUGUCAGAUGAUUCGGUAAUGCUGCGUUGGUUUAUACCUAAAAACGAUGGUCUGCCUAUACAGUUCUUUAAAGUACAGUAUCGUAUGCUAGGCGGUGGAUCUCAUAAGCUGCCGCGAGAGAAUUGGCAAACCACGAACGAUGAUAUUCCGUUCGGCAAGCGUAAUCGGAACCUAGACUCUUUGAAAAAUUUUACCACCUCGGUGACGGGUUUAAAACCUGAUCGGUAUUAUAAAUUUCGGAUAAUAGCUGUUUAUUCAAAUGACGAUAACCGCGAAGGUAACACUUCGGCGAAGUUCUUUCUUCAACGAGGCGAUGCAUUGGGUCUAUCGAAAUCGAAUCUGCCGGUGCCUAUACUAAAUCGUGUAGAAUCUGUAAGUUCUUCGGCUAUAAUGCUGCACUGGUCGUUGCCUAUUGCUAUGACUGGACAAAGUGAGGUGGACGGCUUUUAUGCCUACUAUCGACCUACUUCAUCGGCAGGCGAAUAUUUGAAGGCCACGGUAGAUGGCAUGGAUACACGUAAAUUCAAAAUCGAUAUGCUCGAGUCAGGCACAGCGUAUGAAUUUAAGUUGCAGUCGUUCAAUGAAUUGGCUGCCUCUGAAUUCAGUUCCAUCAUACAAGGAAAAACGAAAAAAUCUCUUAGUACGAUUACACCGAUUAAUGAAGCCCUGGAUCCUUCCAGUAAAGCUAGCGACGUGGAGAAUUCCGUAUAUCCAUUGGUAGCUGGUGCCGCGGGUGGAGGUAUCCUGUUGCUUAUAGUUUCGGUUACAGCUUGUCUAUGUGUAAAGAAACGUAAGAACUCACAAACCGAAGAUCAAAACAAACCUCAAUUGGAUCAUAUGCAAGCGGACUUUGUCACACCACAAGUUUUAAGCGUUUCGUCGCAUCAUAAAAAUGGCAGCAGCGGUAGUAGGUUGAAUGGUGUGUUGCCACGCAUGAACAUUACGCCGAAUCCUCUGGCUCAAGAAGCGGAUAAGGCUGGACAAGGUAUUCAUCAUGCUGAACCAUACUAUCAGACAACACCCAAUACACCUACCAUGUUGAAUAAACGAGACUAUCAGCAUCAGCAACCACCGCCGGUGCCUCCACAUCAAAAUAAUAACCAUAACAUCAGUCAUGCCCAAUUGCCGCCUCAUCCACCUUUAACACCAUCUCUUGAACAACAACGUCGCACGCUCGAUAGGAGUCAACGAAACUUACCUUACCCUAGCAGUGGUAAUGAAACGGCCCUAAGUAUGGAGGCUGGCUUACCUACCAGAAUACCUUCUUUACGCCGCAUUAGACGUACGUCCGGCGGUAACAGCGGCUGUUCAACGGCCAACGCUAAUAAUUCAAAUGGCAGCAUUGGCAUACCCAUCAGCAGCAGCCCUCGCGUACAACGUUCACCCAUGCCCAGUCGAGCAGCUAUAAUGAAACAGCGUUCCCGCCUUGGUAGCCACAACGACAACAUUUCAUCGGGCAGUUUGAACAGUAUUGAAGUAUAGUUAAGUAAAUGCGAUCAAGAUCAGACUGAAGUUACAUCUAGCGAUAGGUUGGGUUAAAAUUUUCACAAAACAGAUACCCUUCUCAAAUAUUCAAAAGUAUUCACUCGAUAAUAUGAGGCAUCCUUAAAUUUGUAACAUACGCUAUUAUAAUUGGCAGCUCUCAUUACUCAAAAAGGUAACGGAAAUUUUUAAUACAACAAUAUUUGGUUAAUAUUGGUUAUAUUGGUCUAAAUAAAAAUAGUUGGUUUUAUUUGAAAGACUUGGCUGAGCUCAAUAUUAGCGAAGUCUUUUCCCCACUUUCUCUUAUGAUCUUUUAUCAGCCGAAGGUCGCUUGCAGCAAAGUGUCACUUGAGUUGGGCGAAUAAAUUUUGAACUUUUUGUGAAGUAAGACAAACUAAGUUUCGUAACUCGAAUAUUAAUAUUAAAUAACGUAAAUAUGUUGUGACUUAUUGUAAGACUUAUCUUCUCUUAAGAUCAAAUGAUGACUUCUUUCACACCAUUUGAUUAAAUUUGUUGAGCAGUAUCGACAACCAGACCAGAGCGGGGCAAGUCUUCAAUUACUUGAUAGUUUCCUUCAAACGUUUUAUACCGAUCAUAAGAGCAAGUCUUGUUCAUAUAAUCUCAGUACCGUAGAAGGUUUUCCAAUAUUUUCUCAAUUUCAUGUACAAAAAUGCAUUAGAACGGCGGGAUUGAAGCAAAUUUUCUGUUUCGUAGUUAGACCACAAUAGUCUGUCGAGAGAAACGAGCCCGUCGGCACUCAGGCCAGAUAAAGAGUUUACUCAGCCAAAUGUUUCAUAGUGCAUUGACUUACAAAAGCAAAUUCUGUUUAGUGAUUUUAAAAUUUCCACUACUUUUUUGACAAGGGCACACAAUAACAAUUUGCGAUAAUUAUAAUGUAUUUUUGAAAAUCACACUGCGGAUCUACGCGUUAAUUGUAGGUAAAUUGAAAAAUCUCGCCACUUCUUUGACAAAUCAACUUUAUGGACUAAUGUUCGAAAAUUGUAACAUUUUAACAGGGUCAGGUUACACAUAAGUCGCACAAAAAUAUCCUCUUUAGUAGAGUAUAUAAUGCGCGCUUGUUUGUCGUUCGCAUCUAUUUGAUUCGCAAAAGAAGAGGGAGGGAUACGGGAUAGAGAAAAUUGUCUAAAGUGAAAAAAGUACGGAUGUAAUGAUGCACGAUAUGAUAAAUACCAUUAAAAAAGAAGGACUUGCACUUUUUUACUCAAAUGCAUAAAAAUCGGUUCAUGUGAAUCGUCUUAAAUAUAUCCGUAUAUUCCUGGGCAUCUUAUUGCAUAUUGUAUUUCCUAUGCCGUCGUAUAUUCGAAAACAUGGAUCAGGACCUGUUGUGAUAUGUACUUCCCGGAUGGAUCGCUUGUGUGAAUUAGUUCAAAAUUAAUUGUAGAUGAUGAAGAUGAAAGGAUUUAUUCCCACUCGCGUUUAGGAUAAAAAAUUUAAAGUAAUAUUUUUAUGUAAUCGUCUUUUAUUUUUAUUUUCAUUUCCUUU